AUGACCCAAAGGAUGCUGCGGUGUGUGUACACCCAGCGGCGGUGGGCGCACCGCCGGGGCGGCUUCGUCACCGGCGGCACCGGAUGGUCGCAGAAGGCCCGCCCGGCCGCCGUGAUGGGCGCGAAGAAGUCGGAGUGGUGGGCGGUGGACGGCGAGCUGCACGAGAUCGGGGAGGGCGUGCCGCACCGCGAGCGCUUCGCCAUCCCGCGCGACAACCUCCCGAACCGCCGCCGCAAGCAGAUGCGCGAGCAGUUCAUGCGCCGCACGCGUCUCGUCCUCAAGGACUCGGAACAUGAAACUUGGUGCAAAAAAUAUAUGGAACUGUACCAAGAACUUAGAGAGAACUGGGAACGGUUGUACUGGGAUGAAGGUUAUUCAAAAAAGAUUGCCGAAGAUCGCGCUAAUUAUGACUCUGCUGAAGAAGAUGAUCUAGACUUCUCACCAUACAGCAGGAGAAGGAGCUCCAGUGUAGAGCCAAACAAGGACCUUGGUUCUGGGGAAAGCAAACAGGGUGAAACAUGGGAAAGGGUUACUCAAAUUCGUGACAAGUUUGAGUAUGACAGAGAAAGGAGAAUGAGAGAGCGAGCGUUUGCUCCCAUGAAUAUGGAAAACAAUUUUGGCCAGCAGAACUGGAAAAGGCCAGAAGCCAGGACGAAUCAGGGUUUCCCUCGACAAACUUAG